UUCGGUCAGUGUGAGAUUGACUCGGAGAUAGUCGCUUCACGCUUCGCUGUUUUUGGGUGAAGGCGGAGCUCAGUCUGAUAAAGUCCUGUUGAAACAACAGUGGAGUCAGUAGAAGUUCUUCUCACCUUCUCUGGAUUACUGACUUCUUCACCUGCGUUACGGACUUACCUUCGUUAGAGGAUCAACUCUCACCUGCGGAGGAACGUCACCGCGUGAUAGGUGCUGUAAAGGUUAAAGAUGAAGCACCUCUUAUUGCUGCUCCUUUGUUCACUGCUAAGCUUGCAUGGACACAAUGGUGCGCUGUCCCAGGCUCCCACCUAUGGUGAACGGGGCUCUGAUCUUGGCAUACAGGUGUUUCAGCAUGUAGUACGCUCCAAGCCUCUGGAAAACGUGGUUCUUUCACCUCACGGAGUAGCUUCUAUCCUCGGGAUGUUGCUACCAGGAGCCCAUGGAGAGACCCGGAAGCAGAUCCUCAUUGCUCUCCGCUACAAGAAAAAUGGUCCAUACAGGAUGCUGAAGAAGCUGCACAAGGCUCUGUCUGCUAAGUCCAACCAGGACGCUGUGCUGAUAGCCAACGCCAUGUUCACCAAGGAGGGCUUCCCCAUGGAGGGGACUUUUGUAGCCACCAACAAAGACAACUUCCAGUGUGAGAGCAGGAGCAUGGACUUCAGCAACGCCGACAGGGCAGCGGAAGAGAUCAAUACAUGGGUCAACAACAAGACCAAAGGUCACAUCCCCAGCCUGAUCAAAGCAGACAUGCUGGACUCGGCUCUGACUCGUCUGGUUGCUGUCAACUCGAUCUACUUCAAAGGCUUGUGGAAGUCCCGCUUCCAGCCCGAGAACACCAAGAUGAGGUCCUUCACCGGGGGCGACGGAAACUCAUACAAAGUUCCAAUGAUGUCCCAGCUUUCUGUCUUUAACAUCGGUGUAGCCACCACCCCGCAGGGACUGAAGUACAAGGUGAUCGAGCUGCCCUAUCACGGCGGCACCAUCAACAUGCUGAUCGUUCUUCCGUUAGAAGAGGACACCCCUCUGUCUCGCGUGAUUCCACACAUAAGCACGGCCACUGUGCACAGCUGGACCUCACUGAUGCACCCGAGAAAAGUGCGCCUACUCAUCCCCAAGUUUACUGCUGAUGCCGAGGUAGAUCUGGAAGCCCCCCUUUCAGCCCUGGGAAUAACAGACAUGUUCAGUCAGGCCAAGGCUGACUUCAGACACAUCAGUGGCGAGCCCCUCCACGUAUCCAAGGCACUGCAGAAAGCCAAAAUCGAGGUGAAUGAAGAUGGAACAAAAGCAGCAGCUGUCACUACUGCCAUUUUGCUGGCUCGGUCCUCUCCCCCCUGGGUCACGGUGGACCGACCUUUCCUCUUCCUCAUCAGACAUAAACCCACAGGAACUAUCCUCUUCAUGGGCCAGAUCAACCAGCCUUGAGCCCAGACGUCCCUGGUAGCAUCAGAGGCCAUGUUGAGGUUCUUCAUGUCACGACGUGUCACUCCAGUCUGUUACGUUUCACUUCUACGUUAUGGAAACAUGUACUCGCGUCGUCGACACCUCGGCCAUUUCCCUCGCUGAGGAAGUUUUCUGUUCUCAUUCUGCCAUCAUCAUAUUCGAUGAAAUAAAUACACAUGUUUAACA